AUGGCUCCCCUAGAGACACCCAAGUCUCCAUCGCGAUCAACGCGAAAUAUAGACCCACCAAGAGUGGAUGAGGCACCAUCUUUACCGUCAAUGUCUCCUCGAAGGCGAACGCAGAAACCCAUAUUCAGCGAUAGAUACAUUCCCAACCGAACUGGAGUCGAUCUUCAGGCUGCUUUCAGUCUUUCAUCUCAGGAAGUUCUUCCAGAUUUACGACGGCGAGGGGAUGCGGACAAUGAGAUCCAAAUCCGCAAAGAAGAAGAAGCCAAUCGAACGUUCUCUACCGUGCUCAAGGCGGAAUUGUUCGGCGACAAUGUACCGAUGGCAACUGCCAACUUGGCUUCCCCCAGAGCGAAAAAACCACCAAGUAGUAAUAGUCUCAGUGAUCCAGACUCAUCAACUCCUUCCAAUUCAGGGUCGGCACCUUCAUCAAGUAACGGCCGAGAUCGUACCCCGCCCCGUUCUGCCAAUCACGACGACAUAACAAGCACUCCGCGCCAAUCUACCAACCUAUUCACGUAUCAAUCACCCAAAAAGUCCCGUCCAAUAUCUCGUGAUUUGCAAAAUGAGCUCUACUCACUUUCUCCAGUACGACAAGAUUCGCAGAAACUCUUACUUCUGCCACAAAAAAAGCCUAGAAACAUUUCCAAAGUCCCCUACCGAGUGCUAGAUGCGCCAGAACUACUGGACGACUUCUACCUCAAUCUUGUCGACUGGGGUCAGCAGGAUAUAUUGGCUGUUGGCCUAGGUGAUAGUGUGUAUCUCUGGGACGGUGCAACCCAGUCCGUGGACCGGUUGUGCAAUCUUUCCAACAAGGAUAAGGUAACCAGCAUCAAUUGGAUUGGUUCUGGCACCCAUCUUGCCAUUGGCACUCUGCAAGGUCUUGUUGAAAUUUGGGAUGCAACAAAGAUGAAAUGCGUACGGACUAUGACGGGCCACAGUCUUCGUGUGAGCUCGCUUUCGUGGAAUGAGCAUAUCUUGUCUAGUGGUCUGAGAGACCGCAGCAUACUCAAUCGUGACGUACGAGUCGAGAGUCAUUAUAUCAACAAGUUUGAGCAUCACAAGCUGGAAGUUUGCGGGCUUCGAUGGAAUGUUGAUGAGAACAAAUUGGCAUCGGGAGGAAAUGACAACCGAGUUUUCGUAUGGGAUGGACUCAACACUACCCCAGUACAUGAGUUUUCAGAGCAUGUUGCUGCUGUGAAGGCACUUGCAUGGUCUCCUCAUCAAAGAGGAAUCCUUGCUUCAGGUGGUGGAACUACCGACAAAACCAUCAAGGUUUGGAACACUUUGACAGGGUCGAAAGUGCAAGAUGUAAAUACUGGUUCCCAAGUGUGUAAUCUCAUCUGGCUGCGUAGCCUGAAUGAGUUGGUGUCUACCCAUGGAUAUUCACGAUAUCAAAUAGUUGUGUGGAAGUAUCCGUCAAUGCAACAGAUAGCUCAAUUGACUGGACAUACAAGUCGAGUCCACUAUCUCUCGCUUUCUCCUGAUGGCGAGACCAUUGUGACUGGUGCUGGUGAUGAAACGCUUCGGUUUUGGAACGUUUUUGAGAAGAAUCGCAAUGAUGAACCACCAUCCUCGGUGUUGUUGGAUGCGUUUAGUCAAUUGAGAUGA